AUGUCGAUGGAAACUCAUGUCAGUAAAGUCUGCUCUAGAGCUUUCUUUGGCCUCUACAAGAUUCGUCAGAUUCGCGGGAUUCUGACUGUCGGCACCACCAAAACCCUGGUGCAUGCGUUUGUUACAUCUCACCUGGACUACUGCAAUGCUCUCCUCUACGGCAUCACGAAACAGCAGUAUGGCAGGUUGCAGCGUGUUCUUAAUGCUGCAGCCAGGGUUACAUGCUUGAUUCCCAAGUUUGACCGCAUCAGUCCGGUUCUGAUGCGGCUCCAUUUGCUGCCUGUCAAGGCAAGGGUUGAGUUUAAGAUACCCUUGCUCACAUACAAGGCAGUCCAUGGAGCGGCACCGGCUUACCUGACUGAUAUGGUACAACGCCGACGUGGGUCAGCCUAUUCCCUCAGGGCUGAUGCCGCUUUCCUUCUACAGGAGCCACGCACCAGGUGCAUACGUUUUGGUGACAUAUCCUUCUAUAAGGCGGCGCCACUCCUAUGGAAUGGGCUGCCCACUCACAUUAGACUUGCGGAGUCAAAGGCAGCUUUUGGAACAAUACUAAAAGCACAGCAUUUUCGAGUGUAUUUCAAAGGCGCCUGA